CAAAUCGAGUGGACGUUGUAAUUUGGUGAAAAUGAUAGUUCGGAGUUCUUUGGAGGAAAUGCUCGACUCUCUCCAGCGGAAAGAGGAGAGCAAGAAGCCAGCGGACUUGCCGCCGGCGUUACCAGCACGGCCGGCAUCCAGGGCACGUCUUCCUAAGCGUCCAGGCCUGGCCAUGUUUGGCGUGUCGCCAGAGGUUGGUGACAGCAGGAAGCAAGAUGUUGUCAGUAAUGGUAGUUUUGGCCGGAAAAAUGUGUUGGAAACUCCUUCAUAUGGCGAAUCACCUUACACCAUGGCGGCUGUGCAUGAACAUAGAUUGGCGGAGAACGGUGGUGCCAAUCUUGCCACUCCCUCACCACCACCCUCACUGGCUUCUGGAUGGGAUAAUAGCAUCGAUUAUUAUAUCAAGAAGCAACUCCGAGUAUGGUGUCGUGUCCAAAAUGGGUUUUGGGAGUUGGGAAAGAUACAAUCAGCAUUUGGAGGAAAAGCAUCUGUUAUACUUUUGGAUGGAACUGUGAUGACAGUGUCUACAAGAGAUCUUUUCCCUACAAAUACAGAAAUCCUUGAUGGUGUCAACAAUCUUGUAGAGCUUGGUUACUUGAAUGAGCCAUCUGUUCUAUGUAAUAUCCAGUAUAGAUAUCAACGUGAUGUAAUUUAUACUAUGGUGGGGCCUGUUUUAUUAGCAAUCAAUCCCUUCAAAGAUGUUUCAGUUGCUGGAAAUGAUGUCAUCAUGGCUUACAAAGAAAAGAUUUUGGAAAGUCCUCAUGCAUAUAAAAUUGCAGAUGCUGCCUACACUCACAUGAUGAGAGAUGGUGUAAAUCAGUCGAUUAUUAUCAGUGGGGAAAGUGGAGCUGGAAAGAGUGUAACAGCAAAGUUAGUUAUGGAGUAUUUGAUAGAAGCUGGGAAGAGUGAAAUGUCAGUCAAAAUAAGUCAAACUUGCUGUAUAUUGGAAGCUUUUGGGAAUGCAAAAACAUCAAGGAAUAAAAAUUCCAGCCGAUUUGGGAAACUAGUUGAUAUUCAUUAUAAUUCAGAAUGGAUAAUUUGUGGGGCUUACAUUCAUACACUUCUUCUUGAAAAGUCAAGAAUAUCUCAUCUGUGUCGAAGUGAAAGGUCAUAUCAUAUCUUUUACCAAAUGUGUGCUGGUGCUCCAUCUGAUAUGAGAGAUAAAUUGAAUCUAAGAAUGGCGAGUGAGUACAAAUUCCUGAAUCAAAGUGGAUGCUUGAAAAUUCAUGAUGUUGAUGAUGCUCAAAAUUUCAAAAAACUGAUGGAAGCCAUGGAUGCCCUUCAGAUUUCUCAUGAAGAUCAAGAACGUGUCUUUAAAUUGGUGGCUUCAAUUUUAUGGUUAGGGAAUAUAUCAUUUGAAGUAAUCGAUCAUGAAAAUCAUGUUCAAGUUGUCACUGAUGAAGCUAGUCGAAGUGCUGCUAGGUUGAUGGGGUGCAAUGUGAAGGACCUCAUGAUGACUCUAUCCACCAAUAAAAACCAGCAGCAGGCGAUUGAUGUGAGAGAUGCAUUGGUGAAAUUUGUUUACACAAGUGUGUUCAGUUGGAUUGUAGAAACAAUUAAUAAAUCACUGAAGGGGGAGAGUGGUAGUAGGUGUAUAAGCAUUUUGGACAUCUAUGGGUUUGAGUCAUUUCAGAAAAAUAGCUUUGAUCAGUUGCUGAUAAACUAUGCUAAUGAGAGGCUUCAGCAGCACUUUGUUCGACAUAUAUUUAAGCUUGAACAAGAGGAAUAUGAAUCGGAGGGUAUUGAGUGGAAAAAGGUGGAGUUUGUGGACAAUCAAGGGUGUUUAGACCUCUUUGAAAAGAAAAACAUGGGGAUACUAUCUAUACUAGAUGAAGCUUCAAAUACAUCAGAAGCCACUGAUUUGACUUUUUUCAACAAGAUCAAACAGCAUUUGAUUUUAGGGUUUGAUGAUGAAAAGGGAUCUUUUAAGGUCAACCAUUAUGCUGGGGAGGUCAAAUAUGAGUCAACCGGGUUCUUGGAAAAGAACAGAGACACACUGCACUCUGAUACCCUCCAAUUUCUCUCAUCAUCCUGCAAUAAUUUUCUGAAAACUGAUUUCGAUAAUCAAACUCUUGGGACAAAGUUUAAGUACCAACUGUUCAAAAUGUUUCAAAUGUUGGAAAAGUCAAACCCACAUUUCAUCCGAUGCAUAAGACCAAAUGCGAAACAACUUCAGGGAACAUUCGAUAAAGAAACCGUGUUGCAGCAGCUGAGGUGCAGUGGCAUUUUGGAGAUUAUAAAAAUCUCAAAAUCACGCUAUCCUACACGUAUGUCACAUCAAGAAUUCGCUAACAGGUUUGGGUGUCUUCUUCUCUCGAAGAAAAGCUAUUGUCAGGAUGUGUUGAGUACAUCGGUUGCUGUUUUGCAACAAUUCCGGGUUCUUCCGGAAGCAUACCAACUUGGGUACACCAAAAUAUAUUUCCGACAAGAACAGUUUUUGGUUUUGGAGAAAUUAAGAAAACAAGUCAUGGAAAAUAAGGUGGAGAAGGGGGUUUCUGGAAUUGGAAUUUCUUGUGAUUUCCGUGAACUAAUGGCAGGAGUUCUCACAUUGCAAUCAUUUAUUCGUGGGGAAAAUUCAAGAAGAAAGUGGAAUGUUGUUAUAAAGAAGCCAAGAGAAAAAUCAGUGAAUGAGAAUCUGAAUGAAAUUGUAUAUAUACAGUCAGUUUGUCGUGGGUGGUUGGCUAGAAAGUAUUUCAGUCAUGUCUGCAGCUGGAAGAUGUCUACAAAGGGUAUGUUGCAAGAUAAUCUUCCGAUUAUGCCCUCGGAUGUUAUAGAGCUGCAGAAGAUGAUCAUCAAGGGAGACAUGUCCCUGAGCCAAAAGGAGCAAGAAAAUGAGGCUUUGCGGGACCAAAUUAAACAAUUUGAAACACGCUGGUCUGAACAUGAAAUCAAAAUGAAGUCUGUGGAGGAAGCUUGGCAAAAACAGAUUGCUUCUUUACAGAAGAGUCUGGUUGCUGCCAAGAAGAGUCUUGGGGAUUCAGGGGGGGAUGGUGUUGGUGUUGGCGGCAUUUCUUCAGGAACUCAAACUCUUGUGGAAUACAAUGGUGGUGGUGGUGGUGGUGGUGGGGUGGUGGAUCAUCUAUCGAAGGAGUUGGAUCAAAAAACACAUGAUUUUGAUGAUAAUGCUAAAGCCAUUAUUGGACAACAACAGCAACAGAUGCCUUAUCUAAAACAAAUGGAAGAGUUUAAGAAGGUCAAAGAUAGAUUUGAGAUAUGGAAGAAAGAGUACAAGAAUCGAUUAAAGGAGACAAGGGCAAAAUUGGUAAAAGGUGUAAAUGGGGAAGGAGGAGGAACAAAACAGUCAUGGUGGGGGAAGUUAAGCAAGAGAUACUGACUAGUGUUUAUACUUUAUAGGUUUGCUUCUUCAUGUUGUUUAGAAAAAAAAAAAAAAAAGGAAAUUCUUAUAUCAAAUGG